GUGGGACCAGGCAGGAUGGGACUACUACCCAGGGCUGACGCAGUGGAACCUUACAGGAUGGGACUACUACCCAGGGCUGACGCAGUGGAACCUUACAGGAUGGGACUACUACCCAGGGCUGACGCAGUGGAACCUUACAGGAUGGGACUACUACCCAGGGCUGACGCAGUGGAACCUUACAGGAUGGGACUACUACCCAGGGCUGACGCAGUGGAACCUUACAGGAUGGGACUACUACCCAGGGCUAACACAGUGGACCCUUACAGGAUGGGACUACUACCCAGGGCUGACGCAGUGGACCCUUACAGGAUGGGACUACUACCCAGGGCUAACGCAGUGGACCCUUACAGGAUGGGACUACUACCCAGGGCUAACGCAGUGGAACCUUACAGGAUGGGACUACUACCCAGGGCUAACGCAGUGGACCCUUACAGGAUGGGACUACUACCCAGGGCUAACGCAGUGGACCCUUACAGGAUGGGACUACUACCCAGGGCUGACACAAUGGGCCCAGGCAGGAUGGGACUAGGACCCAGGGCUGACACAGUGGGCCCAGGUAGGAUGAGACUAGGACCCAGGGCUGACACAGUGGGCCCAGGUAGGAUGGGACUAGGACCCAGGGCUGACACAGUGGGCCCAGGUAGGAUGGGACUAGGACCCAGGGCUGACACAGUGGACCCAGGUAGGAUGGGACUAGGACCCAGGGAUGACACAGUGGGCCCAGGUAGGAUGGGACUAGGACCCAGGGCUGACACAGUGGGCCCAGGCAGGAUGGGACUAGGACCCAAGGCUGACACAGUGGACCCAGGCAGGAUGAAACUAGGACCCAGGGCUGACACAGUGGACCCAGGCAGGAUGAAACUAGGACCCAGGGCUGACACAGUGGACCCUUACGGGAUGGGACUAGGACCCAGGGCUGACACAGUGGACCCUUACGGGAUGGGACUAGGACCCAGGGCUGACACAGUGGACCCUUACAGGAUGGGACUAGGACCCAGGGCCAAGCCAGGUGGAGUAACGAACAGGCUGGGACCCAGAGGGACUCCAGCGGGGCUGAGGCUGGGCCUGUGGAUCCUGUGUUUCAGCUGGUUCUGCUUCACUGCUCACGCUCAGAUGAAGAUACCACCUGAGACGGUCCAAGAUUGGGCAAAUGUCCUUUCAGUGCAACUACGCGAGGCUACCACAAGAUAUUCGGGAGCUAACAUUCUGCAAAAGAAAUUCAGAGAUGUAGAGUCCAUUAUCAAGAUCGUGGACAUCGAUGGGAGAGCCCAAGUGAGGGACUUUUCAGAGGACAUAGAGAGAAUGCUGGGGUCCAAGAUGAAGUCCGUUAAGCGGUUAGCUGAGUCUGCGGAGGAUGCAGAUUUGUACCACGAGUUCAACAAAACUCUACAGUUUGACUACUAUAACUCCAUGCUGGUGAACACAAUGGAUGACGAUGGUAACUUCGUAGAGCUGGGUGGGGAGUUUCCUCUGGAGGAGAAUGAGCAUUUCAACAACAUCCCAGUCAACACAAUGCAGAGUGACGUACAGGUCCCCACCAAUGUCUACAACAAAGAUCCCUACAUCCUCAAUGGAAUCUACAUGUCGGAAGCUUUGAAUGACGUGUUCGCCAACAACUUCAAGAAAGACCCCACCCUCACCUGGCAGUACUUUGGCAGCUCCUCGGGUUUCUUCAGAAUCUACCCUGGUAUCAAAUGGACUCCAGAUUCAAAUGGUGUGGCUGCUUUUGACUGCAGGAACCGUAACUGGUAUAUUCAGGCUGCCACCUCACCAAAGGACAUUAUCAUUGUGGUGGACAUCAGUGGCAGUAUGAAAGGCUUGAAGAUGACCAUUGCCAAACACACCAUCAACACUAUCCUGGACACACUGGGGGAGAACGACUUUGUCAACGUCAUUGCUUACACUGACUACGUGCGCUACGUAGAGCCCUGCUUCCAAGGCACUCUGGUGCAGGCUGAUUUGGACAACCGUGAGCAUUUUAAGGUUCUGGUGGACGACCUGCAUGUGAAGGGAGAGGGUAAAGUUGCGAAGGCCAUGAAGGAAUCGUUCAAAAUCUUGAACGAGGCAGCAACCAAGGGCCAAGGCAGCCUGUGCAACCAGGCCAUCAUGCUGAUCACAGAUGGAGCCAUGGAGGACUUCAAGGACGUGUUUGAAGAGUUCAACUGGCCUGAUCGCAGGGUGCGGCUCUUCACUUACCUUAUAGGCAGAGAGAUGACCUUUGCAGACAACACCAAGUGGAUAGCCUGCAACAAUAAGGGUUACUACACACACAUCUCCACUCUGGCUGACGUACAGGAGAAUGUCAUGGAGUACCUUCAUGUCUUGAGUCGACCAAUGGUCAUCAAUCACAAUCAUGACAUCAUCUGGACGGAGGCCUACAUGGACUCUGUGCUCUUUGCUACAAAGGCUCAAAGUUUACUUCUCAUGACCUCCGUGGCAAUGCCUGUCUUCAGCAAGAAGAAAGAGACGCUGUCCCAUGGGAUUCUGCUGGGUGUGGUGGGUUCUGACAUCCCCCUGCUGGAGGUCAUGAAGCUGGCUCCCAGAUAUAGGCUGGGUCCACAUGGUUACGCCUUCCUCAUCACCAACAACGGUUACAUCCUGGCACACCCUGACCUGCGACCUCUUUAUAAAGAUGGUAAGAAGCUGAAGCCCAAGCCCAACUACAACAGUGUGGACCUGGCUGAGGUGGAGUGGGAGGACAUAGAUGAGACACUAAGGACAGCCAUGGUGAAAGGGGAGACAGGCACUCUGUCCUUAAAUGUGAGAGCAUCAGUGGACAAAGCGAAAAGGCCUAUGUUCUUAACAAAUGACUAUUUCUACACAACCAUCAACGACACCCCAUUCAGUUUUGGUAUGGUGCUGACCAGGGGUCACGGACAGCUGAUGUUCAUGGGGACGGUCUCUGUGGAAGAGGGCCUGCAUGACCUGACGUCCCCUGAUCUAUCCAUAGCCGCUGAGUGGACAUACUGUGAGACAGACAUUGACCCUCACCACCGCAAAUACUCUCAGCUCCAGGCUGUCAUUCGCUACCUGCGGGGGAAGGAGCCUGACCUGGAGUGUGACGAGGUGCUGCUGCAGCAGACCCUGUUUGAUGCUGUGGUGACAGCCCCCUUAGAAGCCUACUGGCAGGCAAUAAUGCUCAAUGCAUCUGGGAUGGAGGCGGGUGUGGAGACAGCCUUCCUGGGAACUCGCUCUGGCAUUAUCCGGCUGACCAGAUACACCGGCAUGGAGACCAGGGUCGCCAAGAAGUUCCUGACUCCAGUGGAUAAGGACAACCUGUUCACCAUGGACCACUUCCCCUUGUGGUACCGUCUGGCCAUGGAGAACCCUCCCGGAAGAUUCCUCUACUACAUGCCGGUGGAGGACAACGACAAGACAGGGGCGUCCAGGUAUGUCAUAGCUGUCACAGCUGUGACUGUGUCAUCGGGAGGCAAGACAGCCAUGGCUGGAGCCAUCGGGGUGCAGAUGUCCUUGGAAAUGCUGGAGAAGAGGCUAUGGGCCAUUACCUUUCAGCCCAAUGACACAGACUGUACUGAAGUGGAAGGUGUCUGCCCUCUCACCUGUCAAAGCAUUGAUGUCAACUGUUUCCUUGUGGACAGCAACGGUUUCAUCAUAGUCUCGAAAGAGAGGUCAGAGGUCGGACGUUUCUUUGGGGAAGUGGAUGGGUCUGUGAUGACAGCGUUGAUCACGUCAGGCAUGUUCAAGCAGGUGUCGCUGUAUGACUACCAGGGUAUGUGUAGAUCAGGACACAGUCAUUCCAGUAGUGCUCGGCCUCUGCUCAGUCCUUUCUACGGCCUUGCGGCAGUGAUCAAAUGGUUCUUUUCUCACAUGUUGAUGUUCUUAAUGGAGUUCAACUUCUGUGGGUUGUGGCACUCGGAUUACAUUGUAGAUGCCAAGGCUGGCUACCAUACAUCCCAUAAAGCCAAGAAGGUUGACGCGCUGCAGCCGUGUGACACAGAGUAUCCUGGCUUCGUGUACGAUUCCUCCAUCAGAGAAACCAACAGCCUCAUCAAAUGUGGCCGUUGUCAGAAGAUGUUUGUGGUGCAGGCGGUUCCUGAAAGUAACCUGGUGUUGAUGGUGGUCCAGGCGGACUGUGACUGCUCCCGCCAGUACUCCUCCAUCACCCUGGAGCCCAAGGAGGUCAAAUACAACGCAUCAGUCAAGUGUAACAGGAUGAAAUCUCAGAAAGUCCGCCGGCGCCCAAACUCCUGUCACGCCUAUCAUCCUAAGGAAAAUGCCAAGGACUGUGGAGGAGCUUCAGAGAUCAGCCUAUCGUUGGCCGUCUUCUUGACUUCUCUGGCCACUUCAUUGGCCCUCUGAAGAUGGACAUAACAAGGCUCCACCUCUCUUAUGGCCGUUCACAUUUCCUUUUUGUAUAUUUUAUUAUUUUAUAAAAGACCUUUUAACUACAUAAAGGACCUACCAAUACAGUAGUUAAAGUCAAUUCUGGAGCGAGGGCUAUUUUCUAGUAAGACUCCUUUUCCCACAAUGAGAGAGAAAGAGACUCAACAGUCCAAACAAAAGCCACAUUUCUUUGCUUGGGACUCUUUUGCAUGAGCCAUGGGAUAUGAACUUGUGGACAUGCGAAGCAAUGAGAGACUGUUAUUUUCAUGGAGACACUGAUAUGGUAGGACGAACCCUGCCCUCUGCUGGAUCCAUCUGAUUUUUAUACACAGUAACAUUAAGCUGUAUUGUAUUAAAACUAUUUUUUAUGUUGAAAUGAACUACUGUACCAAAACUGUGUGCUAUGAAAUAGGAAUAUUCAUAUUUUUGUGGUAUACUUGAUGAACAUUUGCAAUAAAUAAUGUAUGUCAUUA